UCGCGCCGCGGGGGUUCAAUCCAGUGCUACCGACAGUGGAGUGAGCGAACUGUUACAACCGCCCAACCACCGUUGACCACCGGUUCCGUGCGACCAGUGAAGGGCAUCGACUUGCGGGCAACACCCUUGACGUAAUGUGUGCCACGUGGAACUAGACCUUAUCGCUUAUCGCGGAAACUUGUGCUGCUUGCUUUUGCGACUCGUCCGAAAAGCACAAGGAUUUAGCGGCAGGCGGGUAGACUAGACAGCGCCUCACUAGAUCGUCACCAUGGCAGCGGCUUCCUCGGCAACCUCGUCAUCGCCACCUCAGAUCAAGGUAAAGAGCGAACUGUGUACGGACAACGACACGAUCAAGGAACUUGCUGAGACGGCCAUGAACGAUAUCCUCGGUUGGUAUGGGCUCGACAGUGUCGAUCGGCUUGACUUGACCGCCAACCAUUUAGCGUCGACCUCAGGUACGGUCCCGAUCGAUGAGGAAGCGAUACGCCACCAAACAACGGACCAACUGACGGCGGACCCAACGGAAGCAUCGCAUACUAUGGUUUCUUCCGGAUCUUCUACGUCAUCGAAAUCCUCGAGCAUGUUACUGCGAGGCAAGGGGAAGCACUGCACCAGCAGUGGUAGUAGCAGCGGCAGUACGCAGCUACCGUCAUCAUCAUCCACCAAAACCCGGUUGCAGCAGCAUCGAGUCGCCAGCCAUCUUUUGGCGCUCGCUCGGCAACAGCAACAGCCCGAUGAUCCUGGAGUAAGCAACGUGGGCGCAUCGGCAUCAUCAUCAUCAACAACAGGAACCUCGGCUGGAUGUUUGGACCGUGGACGGCCGGUCUCUGCCAGUUCUCCUACGGCCGGCGGUAGUGGUGCUACUGGUGGUGGUUCCGGUAUUGCACGAAAUGAGCAGCAGCAGCAGCAGCUAGCUCAGGUUCCGCACGGCGAAAGUUCCACAUCGGAAAAGGACAGUUCGAGAGAAAGUUCGAAAAGCCCCAUGAUGAUGAAGCUGCUUGACAAGCAGGAACAGAUCUGCCAGUGGUGCCGGAAGGUGAUACCGGCGCACCAAACCGGCAUACUGGGUACCACGGAGGGUAUGAUCUUCUGUACCGAGGCCUGCUUCGCACAGUCCCGACGAGCGUCCUUUAAGCGCGCCAAAACCUGCGACUGGUGCCGGCACGUGCGCCACGCGGUUAGCUACGUAGACUUCCAGGAUGGUGCAUCGCAGCUACAAUUUUGCUCGGACAAAUGUCUGAACCAGUACAAGAUGCAGAUCUUUUGCAACGAAACGCAGGCUCAUCUGGAGAUGAAUCCCCAUCUGAAGGAGAAAAGCUCAUCGGCGGGUAGGUGUGCCAGAGGUUAGUGUGUAAGUGUCAAGCACCUAAUAAUUCCAUACUCUUCCACAGGCAGUCUAAUAACCCCGGAGCUGUGGAUGAAAAACUGUAAAAGCUGUUCGAUGUCACCGGUGUCCGAACGAUCGGAAUCGGUUUCGCCGGUACCUUCGCUCCCGUUGCGCUCAUCACCGGAACCGUCUCCGAUUGCAUCGGUACGGCAUUCGCCUACCACGACCAGUGGCAGCGGCCUCCCAUCGUCCACACCGGCUUCCACAUCGGUCAAUGCAAAGAAACCUCUGAUAUCCGUCGCACCACCCUCGAAGCUGCUCUCGAAGAGCAUCCAGAGUGCGCCAAGUUUGCAGAGCCGCGUAUCUAGUCCCAAGAAUGCACGGAAACGGCAACGGGGCAGCCAUCGAUCGGUUGGAUCCCAGGGUAUGAUGAAACGAGCUGCAUCUCUGCAUCAACCCACCGAUGGCAGUGUUGCGCAAGGCACCGUGAACAACAACAAUGUGACCACGAUCCCCAACAACAACCUCUCGGUCAGUCCUUCCACGAUGAAGGCAUCCUGUUCGGUGAUCACAGCUCCGAAUGUUCAGGAUCUGAGGUUGCUUCAGAAGAAGCAUCAUUCGCUUGCUGGUGCUGGAGUCAGUGGUACUCCGUUCGAUGGUCGUGACACGGUAUUAGUGGGUUCUUCAGCUACUGGCGCGGCGGGAGCAGGAGCUGCUGCAGUACCACCGCAGCCACCGCAUUUCUUGCCACCUUCACUGAAUCUCAUGCGGCCACCAUUCUUUCCCCUGAAUCCGGGGGGUCUACGCUUCAAUCCACAGCAUCUUCUACAGCCACCACAUGCUUCGCCAGCGAUGCCACCACCUCCAAGUCCUUUACCAGGAGCACCACCUCCAGCAGCAGCAACAGGACCGAUGGGUCAUCACAGCACACGGCCACCACAACCGCCACUACCACCCUUGCCGGGCAUGCUGGGCCUCGGUGCCCCCCCGGUAACCAUUCUAGUCCCGUAUCCGAUCAUCGUUCCCCUCCCACUACCAAUACCGGUGCCAAUUCCUGUGAUAGACUUCCUGAAAGCGGCCUUGCCAAAGGAAGCGAAACCAUCGGAUGGUACGCCGCAUAAGCAGGAAACGGCAGCUGCAGAGGAGGAAGAGCAGGAAGAGGAGGUGAAUGCUGGCCAGGAUCCACGGCAGUGUGACGAACCGUCCGAUGUCUGUUCGGAAGGACCGCUUGAUUUUACGCUCGCGGCAGUGGGAAAAAGGAAAGACAAAGACAUCCUUCUGUACGAUCGGCUCACGGCAUCAGCGACAACGGCGGACAACAACCAAUCGACUGGUGCAUGCGCUGCUUCUAAUGAUGAAGAGGAACAGCAGCAGCAACAGCUGGCCUAUGCACUCGCCGCGUCCGCGGAUGAAGCGAUGGAGGAGACAUCGGGUGGUGCAACCGGUGCUACGGUUCCUAAGUUCAAAAUCAAACGCUAUGAUGGAAUGCUGCAUGAGUUGGACCAUACCACAACGGUGGUAGAGAGCGUCGCAGAACGGGAUGGAGGGAAGGAAGACGAUCUGGAAGACGACAAGGAACGCGAGCGCAAAGAGCUGGUCGAUCGAAGUCGGCCGUUACGAAAGCGGAAAAGGUUAGUUGUUGCACAGCAACCAUCACCAGCACAAGCUGUACAACCAAAGGAACCAUCGAUGGCUGAGGAGGAACCAGAUUACUGUUGUUCCACCGGUGUGGAGAUCCGUGAUAAGUAGGCUGGGUACGCAGCGGUGGCCAACCCUUCGUUUCGUUUCGUGCGAACUCUGUGGAAUAUGAUUCCAUCCUACGUGUUUCUCCAGAACGAUUCCAGUACACCCCAGCCCCUGUCCUUGCCUGCUGCCAUAGUCAUAGACGUAGACGUAGUGUGUAAC